GCUGCAGCUGCUCCGGGAGCAUCCAGAGCCCGAGGCGGAGGAGAGCGGGGCUCAGCACUUCGCCCUCUGCCUGCCCUUUGGGGAGGAGAUAACUUUAAAUUAUGUUCAUUGACUGGUCAUGGUAAUUGAAACAUAUGAUGCUUGAUGAAGAAUGAACCUAUAGAAGCAUGACAGAGGCAUUGUGGAGUCCAGAAGAGCAUUUUACAAACCCAAAGUUACAUCAGACUCUAAGGUGUGACUGCUGGGCCCAUGCUCCAUGGGAGACAGGCACGGCACUGGAGAUGUCAGGAUUCUUCAAGGUAAAUGUCCCACAGCAGAGCGAUGGAUGGUGCAAUGAAGGUAAAAGAAGUAGAAGAAACUAUAGAAGAGAUGUUAAUAAGGCUGGAUGAGUUCUGUGGCGUGACUGAUGUGAUUAGAAGCGAUACAUCCCAGAUCCUGGACGAGACCAUUCCGCUCAUUAAAGCCAAGGUGGUAGAAAUGAACAACAUCUAUGCCAAAGUUGAUAAAUUAGAGGCAUUUGUUAAAAUGGUUGGACGCCAUGUCUCUUUUCUAGAAGAACAAGUGCUUCAAGCGGAGGGGAACCACAGCACUGUGUCUCAUGCUGUUCGCAAACUACUUCAGUCUGCAGCUAUACCGUCUUUUAAAAAUAAGCAUACUCCAUCAGCACAGCAUACAUAUGACCUGCCUAAACUCUACAGAACUGAAGAUUAUUUUCCUAGGAACUAUGCAGGUACAAAGUAUCAAAGCCACUAGUAGCUGACUUCAUCUUAUAAGCAGCUUUUUAGGGAAAUGUUGCUUGAAAUGUUUUCAUGUCUGACUUUUGUUUUUAUGAUUCAUGUUUUUUCAAAUAAAAACUUGAGAAUUCUGCUUAGCGGUAAAUGUAUAGCAGUGAUGGGGAAAGAGUGGCCUACGGGUUUAUUAUAUAUGCAUUUAGCUCCCUUAUUUUAAGGGAAGCCUAAAUAGUAUGGAUGGGGAAGAAAUGUAAAUAUAGUUCAGAAUAGAUUUGUUCACGUUUUAUGCUAUUGCUGGGAAAAAAAAUAUAAACUCAUGUUGUUUACAGUGACAUUUUAGAAACCAAUUUGUUUACAUGUUUGAUCAGAAGGUUGCAGAUUGCUGUAUGUGUAUAGCAUAUUAAAACUAUUUCAUCUUAUGUGAUUUUCCUCCCACAUUUGAUAUGUUACUUUAUAGGUAUUUACCAGUCUUUUAGUAAUAUUUCAUACCAAAAGCCUCCCACUGUUUUGAAUUUACAAGAUAAACCUCUAAAAUCAAUGUGGUCCAAUUUUGGAAAUUCAGUAAGUUACACAUGGCUGAGACUUUCAUUGAAAAUUGGAUCAGCUUCAAAAGCUGUUGUAUAAUGUAACUUGAAUGGUGUAAAUAAAUUUCUGCAAGGCUACUAUGGACCCUUUGAUGUGAAGUUUUAUAAUGAAGCUUUGACUUAGCCAGGGCCAAAAGUUUAUCACCUUUUCCCCAACAUAAGUCUACAGAAACAAAAUAUAAGCAGUUGGCUAGGAAGAGUAUUUGUGACUGGUGUAUGCUAGAAGAGGUGGUCAGAAAUUUAGGCUAGCCAGGUAUAUGGAAAGUUACACCAUUGCAGAAAUGGGGAAGUGAGAUGGGGGAGGAAAGGGAAUGUAUCAA